AUGAAGAAAUCCAGGACAUGGGCUUGGAAGGUGCCGGCAGAGCUGUUGCUUCUCUGUGCUGCCCUGGGUUGUCUUGGUUUGCCUGGCUCCAGAGGUGAAAGGCCAUAUUCGCAGUCAAAUGCAGUCAACAAGAGCCAUGCUAAGAGCAGACAGAUGAGUGUGGAUGCUACCCCGAUGCCUAUCGAAUGUGAGCUGUCCAUCUGGUCCUCCUGGACCACGUGUGAUCCCUGUCAGAAGAAAAGGUACAGACAUGCCUACUUGCUCCAGCCCUCCCAGUUCCAUGGGGAACCAUGCAACUUCCCUGACAAGGAAGUCAAAGACUGUGUCACCAAUAGACCAUGCAGAAGUCAAGUGUGAUGUGAAGGCUUUGUGUGUGCACAGACAGGGAGGUGUGUAAACCGAAGACUUCUUUGCAAUGGGGACAAUGACUGUGGAGACCAGUUGGAUGAGGCAAACUGUAGUCAGCAUAAAAAGUGUCAGCAUGAAAUGGACCAAUACUGGGCAACUGGCAGACUGGCCAGUGGAAACAAGAAGAACACCAUUGGAGGUCCUUGUAUGAGGAGGGCAAGUGAGCACAUCACCACCCUGGCAUGCAAGGAGCUGCCAACGGCAGAACUGAUGCAGGAGUAGGGAGGUGCAGUGCACUACAACCUGGAUGUCAUCAAAGUAAAGGUGGAGCCUCUGUAUGAACUGGUGACAGCCACAGAUUUUGCCUACUCCAGCACAGUGAGGGACAUGAAGUGGACCCUGGAGGAGUUCCAGAAGGAAGUCAGCUCCUGCCACUGUGCUCCAUGCCAAGGGAAUGGGGUCCCCAUCCUGUAAGAAUCACGCUGGGACUGCAUCUGUCCUGCUGGAUUCCAAGUCCCAGCCUGUGAGGUCACCUACCAGAAAAAUGUCCCCACUGAUGGGAAGUGGAAUUGCUGGUCAAACUGGUCUUCAUGCUCUGGAAGAUAUAAAACAAGAGAAAGGCAGUGUGACAAUCCACUUCCUCAAAAUGGGGGCAGCCCCUGCUCAGGCACAGCUUCAGAAACACUUAACUGUGAGGGAAGGGAGAGCUUCUUGCAGGUGAUACAGCUGUGGGCUACUUACCGCAAGAGUUCCGAACCCUCGAGAACCCCCGGCCAGCUUCCACGCCAGCUCCCACCUGGGGCCUGCCUGAGGGCAGCAGGCAAUGCCCGUUAG